GGCUGAGUCGGCUGCGGCGGGCGCAGGAGGCGGCUGCGGCCGGGGCCGGGUUCCGGGCCGGGCGGCUGAAGCGGGCGCGGCGGGCGCGGGGGCCGCUGUUCCCGAGGCGAUGAUGGGCAAAGAGGAGGAGAUUGCGCGGAUCGCCCGGAGGCUGGACAAGAUGGUGACCAAGAAGAGCGCGGUGAGGGGCGCGGGCCGCCAGGACCCCGGGACCCCCGCCCCGUCGAGACCCCGUCGAGCUCGCCGACCCCCGUCAGGGCGGGGAGACCACCUGAGGGGCAGAACGAGGCCCCGCCCCGGCAGAGACUCCCGGGACGCGGGGAGACCCCCGCCCGUGGCCGAGACCCCUGUCCUGUCCUUCACCCCCGCACCCCCGCAGAGGCCGCGAUCGGGCCUGGACCUUGUCCCGGGAGCCACGCUCUGGACUCAGACCCCCCUGCCCGGCUGAGACCCCCCAGACCCGGGCCCUGCACCCUUCCCCGUCCCCGAACUCCAGACCCCUGCCUGGCGAGUGGACAACUUCCUAGGCCCCACCCCCACCCUACAACUCAGCCCUCUUUACGGACCGCCUGGCCCCCGUGCCUUCCUCCAUCCCGGCCUGGCACCCUCCUGGGGCCUCCACUGUGCCCCGCCGGGCCCUGCCCCCAGCUUGGAGCCCUCUCCCCCCGUUGGUCUCCAUGCCCUUUGCCGCCUGCCACAGUUUGGACCCCUUUUCCCUGGAGCUGUAGUGCCUCCUGCACCCCUUUCUGGCCGGCGUCAUCCCCUUCACAGGCUGGCCAAGGGCCUUUCCUGGCUGCGGGGCCCGUUUUCUUCUCUGUCCUCACCCUACAAGAACCAGGUUUCUCUAAUAAAUUCUUUCCCUUCCUUAGCCAGGACUCAGCCAGCAGCGACUGGGGUGUGGGUAGAUAUGUAGACACCUUGGAAAAGAGACUGCUGUGUGAGACCUAGGAGCUCGGGCGAGCCUGGCCUGGCAGUGUCUGGGCGCUGGAGCCUCCGGCCGGCUCUGCUCACUGUGCAGCCCGGGCCUCUGUUGUCCAGCGGCCACAGUGAGCCGUCGGAGGCUGCUUGUGAGGCCUCUGGGAGGGGCCAGGCCAGUGGGGGUCCAAUUCCAGCAUCAUGACCUUGGCAACCUGUGCUGUCUCCACAACCUCCCACAGAAGCAUCCUUAGCAGAUGGAGGGAGCCAUGGACCUGCUGCGGGAGCUGAAGGCCAUGCCUGUCACACUGCACCUGCUCCAGUCCACCCGGGUCGGGAUGUCCGUCAACGCCCUGCGGAAGCAGAGCUCCGACGAGGAGGUCAUUGCGCUGGCCAAGUCCCUCAUCAAGUCCUGGAAGAAGCUGCUGGAUGCUUCAGAUGCCAAAGCCAGGGAGCGGGGGAGGGGCACACCUCUGCCCACGUCGUCCUCCAAGGAUGCCUCAGAGGCCGCGGAUCCCAGACGCAAGAGGCCCGAGCUGCCCAGGACGCCACCCACCCCGAGGAUGACCACGUUCCCUCCCGUGCCCGUCACCUGCGACGCCGUGCGCAACAAGUGCCGCGAGAUGCUGACUGCCGCCCUGCAGACGGACCAUGACCACGUGGCCACUGGUGCGGACUGCGAGCGUCUGUCGGCGCAGAUUGAGGAAUAUAUCCUUUGUGCAGGGGCUUCCGGGCCGAGGGUUUCAGGCGGAGUCAGGAGGCCACGGGGCCGGCUCGUCCUGGUGGCUGCUGGACGCCACUGCCAGGCUGCCAGGGCUCUCUCCGGGCGGUCACCUGCCCGGCGGUCACUGGCCCGGGCGGUCGGGCAGCCUUGCCCCAGGAGAGGCCUCCUGCACUGGCCGAGGGGCUGGUUCCGUCCCUGGGGCCUCGAGCCUGAAGCUCCGUGCCAGCCAGGAAGGGGUCUGUGGGGCCAGCCCUGUGGCCCAGCUCACCAGGGCCGGGUGGGCAGGCCGACCCCUGCGUGGCCAGACAGAGCCUCUCGGCCCCCAGCCCGACCCGGCCCCGCGGUGUGGCGGGUGGCAGCUGGAGGGCAGUGGCUUUGGCCUCAGAUGGGUCCUUAAACGCCUGCACGCAUCUUCCGGGACGUCGGGAACACGGACAUGAAGUACAAGAACCGCGUGCGCAGCCGCAUCUCCAACCUGA